AUGCCGAUUGCCUCAGUUGAUAUUGCCUCAGAAAUGAGUUGGAAUCGCAAGGAGAUGGGUUUCAUGAUGGGUGUCUUCUUUUGGGGAUAUGCUAUCACUCAGUAUUUAGGCGGUUAUCUGAGCGACAUGUUUGGUGGAGAGGUUAUCAUUGCGAUUAGUUCUGUUGGAUGGUCUUUGCUGACUAUAUGUUUUAUAUGGCUACCAAGCAUCAACAUCGGCGUAUAUAAUGUCUAUGGGUUUUUUAUCAUUGCUCGUUUCUUACUGGGUAUAUUUCAAGGAUUUUAUUAUCCCAGCUUGGCAAGUCUAAUGGCUAAUCGUGUACAAGUAGCGGACCGGAAUUUUACAUUCGCUGUGAUAAGUGCUGGUGCACACUUAGGAACUCUAUUAUGCGGAUCUUUGGGUUCUUACUUGGUAACCACUGUAGAAAAUUUUUAUGUGCCCAGUAAAGAUACGUUAGCAAGUCGAGGAGAUUGUGUGAAUUUCUCAGAUACCAAAGAAAGGAUUAUGCCAUCAGAGUCGAAGUUUGUAUACAUACAUUCGGAAGUUCUACAGAAAGAUUCUACAUCCAAGUUGCCUGUUCCGCCUUUGAAUUGGUCUCUUCUUCUAAAAAUAAAGCCUUUUGGGUUAUGCUUCUGGCUAAUUUUGUACACAAUAAUACUUUUUACAUCAUUCUCAAUUGGUGUCCUUCAUAUUUUCACGAUAACUAUCCAGAUGCUCGGAGUUGGGUUUUCAAUAUGGUCCCCUGGUUUAUUAUUUUCCCAUCCACCUUAG